AUGGGCAAUGUACAUGCCACUUCUCAGCCGCCGAUGGCUGCUUCGCCCCCCUUGAUAGCACCUCCACCGCCUCCAUCUAAAGACCCGGUUUCUGCACCACAUCCAGGAACACCCGGGGCUCCACCCUCAGAUUCAGGACAAACACCACCACCACCGUCAAAUAAUCCCGGCACAUUCGAAGAUCUUCAUAAAAAAUGCAAAGACGUAUUUCCACAAAUAUUCGAAGGAGGGAAAUUAAUAAUUUCCAAGGGGCUCAGCAGCCAUUUCCAGGUCAGCCAUACAGUGUCCAUGAGUACGUUCCAACCCACUGGCUACCGAUUUGGUGGAACUUAUGUAGGGACUAAAAUGUAUGGACCACAAGAGGCCUAUCCAGUAUUGAUUGGUGAUACAGAUGUUUCUGGUAACAUGAAUGCUAAUAUCAUUCACCAAUUUACUGAGAGAUUACGAACAAAAUUUGUUUCUCAGAUUCAGAAUAGCAAAUGGCUUGCGACACAAUUUGCUACGGAUUACAGGGGAGAUAACUACACCGUUUCCUGUACGCUAGGCAAUGUAGAUAUAAUUAAUGAAUCAGGAAUUGCUGUUGCUCAGUAUUUACAAAAAGUGAGUCCCUCUUUAAUGCUUGGAGCUGAACUCUUGUAUCAAUAUGGCUCUACUUUACCUGGUAAUGAAAUGGCCAUGUUAUCUUUAGCGGGGAAAUACACAGCUGAUAAAUGGCAACUGUCUGCUAAUUGUAGUUUAGCAGCUGGAGGUGUUCAUUUGUGUUAUUAUCAGGAAAUUGCAGAAAAUUUGGAGGUUGGUAUUGAACUUGAAACCAAUGUUCGUCUUCAGGAAAGUGUUACCACUGCUGGUUAUCAGUAUGAAAUUCCAAAUGCUGGAAUGACGUUUAGAGGUCAGCUAGAUACAAACUGGUGUGUCGGUGCAAUCUUGGAGAAAAAACUGCUGCCAUUCCCAUUUACUUUUGCCUUGAGUGGUUAUGCCAACCACACUAAAUCUCAAUAUCGAUUUGGAGUUGGUCUCAUUGUUGGCUAA